AUGAGCGACGAAGUCUACGAGGGUGCCAUCGGCAUCGAUCUUGGCACCACCUACUCUUGCGUUGCCAACUACGAGGGCACCAAUGUCGAGAUCAUCGCCAACGAGCAGGGUAGCUUCACCACCCCCUCGUUCGUGUCCUUCACCAGCGAGGAGCGUCUCAUCGGUGAGGCGGCCAAGAACCAGGCUGCUAUGAACCCCGAGAACACCGUCUUCGAUGUCAAGCGUCUCAUUGGUCGCCGAUUCGAGGACGAGACCGUCACAAAGGACAUCAAGUCAUGGCCAUUCAAGGUCGUUGACCAGGGCGGCAGCCCUCUCGUCGAGGUUGAGUACCUCGGCGAGACCAAGCAGUUCUCUCCCCAGGAGAUCUCUGCCAUGGUUCUCGUCAAGAUGAAGGAGGUCGCUGAGACCAAGCUCGGAAAGAAGGUUGAGAAGGCCGUCAUCACCGUUCCCGCCUACUUCAACGACAACCAGCGUCAAGCCACCAAGGACGCCGGUGCCAUUGCUGGCCUCAACGUUCUCCGUAUCAUCAACGAGCCUACCGCCGCCGCUAUCGCUUACGGUCUCGGUUCCGGAAAGUCUGACAAGGAGAGGAACGUCCUCAUCUACGAUCUCGGUGGUGGUACUUUCGAUGUGUCUCUUCUCCACAUCCAGGGUGGUGUCUUCACCGUCAAGGCUACCGCUGGUGACACACAUUUGGGUGGACAGGACUUCGACACCAACCUCCUUGACCACUUCAAGAAGGAGUUCACAAAGAAGACCAAGAAGGACAUCAGCGGUGACGCCCGUGCCCUCCGUCGUCUCCGGACUGCUUGCGAGCGUGCCAAGCGUACCCUCUCCAACGCCACCCAGACCACUGUUGAGAUCGACUCGCUGUUCGACGGUGAGGACUUCAACGCCAACAUCACCCGUGCUCGUUUCGAGGACUUGAACCAGAAGGCCUUCGCUGGCACUCUGGACCCCGUUGCCCAGGUUCUCAAGGACGCCGCCAUCGCCAAGGACAAGGUUGACGAGAUCGUCCUUGUUGGUGGUUCCACCCGUAUCCCCAAGAUCCAGAAGCUCCUCAGCGACUACUUCAACGGAAAGAAGCUCGAGAAGAGCAUCAACCCCGAUGAGGCUGUUGCCUACGGUGCCGCCGUCCAGGCUGGUAUCCUCUCCGGAAAGGCCACCUCCGCCGAGACUGCCGACCUCCUCCUUCUCGAUGUCGUUCCCCUCUCCCUUGGUGUAGCCAUGGAGGGUAACAUCUUCGCCCCCGUCGUUCCCCGCGGUCAGACCGUCCCUACCAUCAAGAAGAGGACCUUCACCACCGUUGCAGAGCGUGUCAACUGCGAGGACAACACCUCUCUCGGAGAGUUCACCUUGGCCCCAAUCCCGCCUAUGCGCGCUGGUGAGGCCGUCCUUGAGGUUGUCUUCGAGGUCGACGUCAACGGUAUCCUGAAGGUCACCGCCACCGAGAAGACCUCUGGCCGCAGCGCCAACAUCACCAUCUCCAACGCUGUCGGAAAGCUCUCGUCUGCCGACAUCGAGAACAUGAUCAACGACGCCCAGAAGUUCAAGUCCUCCGACGAGGCCUUCAGCAAGAAGUUCGAGUCAAGGCAACAGCUUGAGUCCUACAUCUCCCGCGUUGAGGAGAUGAUCUCCGACCCCACCACAUCCAUCCGCCUCAAGCGCGGCCAGAAGGAGAAGAUCGAGUCUGCUCUCUCUGACGCCAUGGCUCAGCUCGAGGUUGAGGACGCCCCCGCUGAUGACCUGAAGAAGAAGGAGCUUGCGCUCAAGCGCACUGUCACCAAGGCCUUCUCCACCCGAUAA